CUAAUGAUACCCGCUCCCUCCCGGGUCGGAAGUGCCCUCCGAGCGCCGGUCAUUGAGAAAUACCGAAGGGGCAGGAUGAGGGAAGCUUUUUGCACUCCACCACCUCUGGCCGCUGGGAAGACGUCAUCGCUUCCGCCCUACUUCCUCCUCCUGUUGGCGGUGGUGAGAAUCCAAUAUGGAGUAAAUCGGUAGAGUCGAGAGAUGGGGCUCGGACUGGGCGCCCUGCACCGCCUUCCGGGCGCACCUCCCCUGGCCGCCGAGCGCUCCCCGGAACCGUGAUUGGCCCGGCCCCCCGGGGGCAACCCCGGGCCGAGCCCCCGCCCGCGGCCGGCCCUCUUCCCCUGCUCUCGGCAGUCCCCGCCGCUCCACCGCGCGCUUGUUUUUCUCCUCCUCUCCCCUACCGCCGUCCCCUGCCCAAAUCUCUCCGCUCCGCCCGCUCCCGAGCCCUCGGAGCCCCCGCCCGCUUUUGCCCCUCGGCCCUGCGGCGCUCACUCCCCGCGAAGCUUGCCUGUGCACCCCUUCUCCAGACCUCACCCCACGCUCCGGUCGCCCUGCUUCCCUUUCUGCCUUCUGCGGCGCCCCCUUCAUCUCUAGCAGCUCCCCCCAACCAAAUCAGGCGAUCUCCGGAGAUGUGAAGAAGGGGGCGGGGGGGGGGUAGGAUGAGCGGACAGGAAGAUGAAGGGAGCAAAGCUGCCCGCCGCGGGACAGGCGUCUAGGUGAACAGGAAAAUGACCGAAGAAACACACCCGGACGAUGACAGCUAUAUUGUGCGUGUCAAGGCUGUGGUUAUGACCAGAGAUGACUCCAGCGGGGGAUGGUUCCCACAGGAAGGAGGCGGGAUCAGUCGCGUGGGGGUCUGUAAGGUCAUGCACCCCGAAGGCAAUGGACGAAGCGGCUUUCUCAUCCAUGGUGAACGGCAGAAAGACAAACUGGUGGUAUUGGAAUGCUAUGUGAGAAAGGACUUGGUCUACACCAAAGCCAACCCAACCUUUCAUCACUGGAAGGUCGACAAUAGGAGGUUUGGACUGACUUUCCAAAGCCCUGCUGACGCUCGAGCCUUUGACAGGGGAGUGAGGAAAGCAAUCGAAGACCUAAUAGAAGGCUCAACAACAUCAUCUUCCACCAUCCACAAUGAGGCUGAGCUUGGUGAUGAUGACGUUUUUACAACAGCUACAGACAGUUCUUCUAAUUCGUCUCAGAAGAGGGAACAACCUCCUCGCACAAUCUCCUCCCCCACAUCCUGUGAGCACCGGAAGGUUUAUACCCUGGGUCACCUCCACGACCCAUACCCCACGGACCACUAUCACCUCGAGCAGCCGAUGCCAAGGCCCUUCCGCCAGGUGAGCUUCCCGGACGACGACGAGGAGAUCGUGCGCAUCAACCCCCGGGAGAAGAUCUGGAUGACCGGCUACGAGGAUUACCGGCACGCCCCUGUGAGGGGCAAAUACCUGGACCACACGGAGGACGCGGACUCCUACGUGCGCUUCGCCAAGGGCGAGGUGCCCAAGCACGAUUACAACUACCCUUACGUGGACUCGUCAGACUUUGGCCUCGGCGAGGACCCCAAAGGGCGUGGGGGCAGCGUGAUCAAGACCCAGCCCUCCCGGGGCAAGUCCCGGAGGCGGAAAGAGGACGGGGAGCGCUCCCGGUGCGAGUACUGCCGGGACAUGUUCAACCACGAGGAGAACCGGAGGGGCCACUGUCAGGACGCCCCCGACUCCGUGAGAACUUGCAUCCGCCGGGUGAGCUGUAUGUGGUGUGCAGACAGCAUGCUCUAUCACUGUAUGUCGGACCCCGAGGGGGACUAUACAGACCCGUGCUCGUGCGAUACCAGCGACGAGAAGUUUUGCCUCCGGUGGAUGGCUCUUAUUGCCUUGUCUUUCCUGGCCCCCUGUAUGUGCUGUUACCUGCCUCUGCGAGCCUGCUACCACUGCGGAGUGAUGUGCAGGUGCUGCGGGGGGAAGCACAAAGCAGCCGUGUGACUCGGUUUCCCUCCCAACCCCCUCCCGUCCACAGCCCCAAGGGGACUCGUCUUCUACAUCCUCUCAUCUCUCCCCCCGCUCGCGGGUACCCAAGGCGCCUUUCCAGCCUGGGGAGCCCGCCUGGUGGACUCUGCACCCCCGCCGCCCACUCUGCAUCAGCCACACCCAGGCACGCGCGCACAGUGUUCUAAGGAAAGGACCCUCUGCCUAGACGCUCCUGUAUUAUUAACAAUCUGUAAUCAAGCUAACUAUCUCAUACAGGUGUUGAUUUCAUGUCCUUCCUGCCCACCUCGUCCAGUUUCAAGGCGCCUGCAGCAGGAACUGCUGAUUUUUUUGGUGGGGUUUGUCAUGUUUUUUUUUUUUUCCGAGAGCUCCAAAGGCCAUCUUCCUCUUGGUUCUAGCUUGCCUAUUGCUAACGAGCUUGCUUCCUCAGGUUCCUGUGGUAAUGGAUUGUCAGAAUGGUGAAACCCUACCAGAUGUAUUUUCGAACCUGCAGUCAGUUACUAUGUAUAGGAGGUGAUCUAGUUAACAAAAUUCUACCACAAAACCAGAUCGCUUUAACGUUUCUAAAGCCAAACUUCCCAUGUAAGCUGCGGUUUCUGUCUAGAGCCCAUCAUCUUGUCUCUCUCAACCAACACCCCCAAAAUCUGUCAGUUACUCACUGAUGCAAAACAUUCACUCCUAAAAUGACUGAGAAUUGAGCCUUAACUUCAGAUUAACUUGUGAGAAUCAGGAAAAUCCUUUAAACUGCAUUGUAUCCUCUCAGACCAGGGCUAGAAAGGGGAUUUCAGGUUUCUCUGAGCCUCCCCACUGACCCUAAAGUAGAUCUUUUUAAAAUUAUGUCACCACCACUUGUAAAAAUUUAGCAAUACCAGAAGAAAACGCUAAUGAAGUAAGAAAUUUUGCUCAUUGUUUUGCAAACCAAAUAGUCUCUUUCAGACAAACCAGUGUUCUCCUGAACAUUGUCCGGUUAAGAAACACUAAGGUUGUGGUAAGUAAAACUUUAAAGGAGCUUUCUUUCCCCCCAGUGGCUAUUUUCUAUUAACUGGGGGAGAUUUUAAAUGUCAUCAAUUUGAAGAGUGGUGAGUUGCAUUCUGUUCAUGGGUUUGUCAUUUUGUUUUCAUUUUGGACUCAAAAAAAACAUUUCACAUCACUAAAUUCUUCAUUUAUACUUGGGAAAAAACAAGGCCAUAUAUAAAAAACCCUUCCAAUGCCUAAGUGUCUUUCUCCUGCAACCCCAAACCCAGACUUGCCACUUUGAGUGCAUGGAUGGUUAGUUCAGCAGUCUGGGUCACCUGUCGCCUUGCCACGUAGGAGGCUUCUAAUCAGCUGGAAAAGAGUAUUUUUCUAAUAUAUUGCAAGGAAUAGCCAAAUCUUACUGCAGAAAGGGAAAAAAAAAAAAGUGAAGAAUGGUUACUUAUACCUCGCAUUGUACAAUCAGAGCACCGUGGAGAGCACAGGGGACAGGCUUGUUUGCACCGGCUGUCCUUCCCGCCGUGAUCUUCCUGUGGCUGCUGCCAGCUGAGUGCACAGCCUCGUUCCUCUCUCCCCACUCCCCGCCCCCUCAACCAUCCCUCCUCUACAGCACACAGGACAUCAGUCUCCAAGGAAAGGGACUUUUUUCCCAGUCUGCCAAUCAUACUGGGAAAGUGCUGGCCACGCUUACCUUCAUGGGAACGUUCUCAGCUUACCUGAGAGUGCUUUGCAUUUCUUCCUCAGAUCAUCCCUGUAAAUACCCAGUGUGCUUACGAGUUUGUUUGGUAGGUGUUUUUGUUUGUUGGAGUGACUGAUUUGGGUCUUCCGGUCUGGGAAAGGAGCAGAGGUCUAUUAAUCUGGUGGUGCAAGACAAGAACCACUUCCCAACCUGGAGAGCAUCUAGAAAACCUUCAGCCAGCCUCCAAAUGCUGUUGAGAGACCAUCUUCUCCCCCACCCCAACCCCCAUCCUGAGGCAUCUCCUCAGGGUCUUCUCAAGGUCUCCUCUCUACGAAGCACAACACUAAUGUAUGUUCUGUUAGACCUCAGUUCACGUGUCCCUAUUUAUUUCAAUAAGAACACACCUAUUCCGGCCGCUUCUUGUUUGCCAUGUCUGUCUAGCCAUCAUCUGUUUCUAUCUUCCUUCACCCCUCGUCCUUUUCCACCCCUUUGAAGAGUUAAUGCUGGUGAAUCUUAGGCCGCGUAUCCUUUUUGGUUUGUGAAGAAGGCAGCGGUUAAGGGCACAAGGACAGCCGUGGGGACAUUUUAUGUAAAUACGUCUCUCGAGUUGCCGCACUGCAGCCAAACAGUGUGUAGUAUUUUCCCAGUCAGCUUUGCCAUACUUAACGUCAAUCAUCUGAGAGAAAUUAUUCAGAUUUUAUUUUUGUAUCUGUGGUAACAAAACAUUAACCAAAAGAUUUUCUGUUUGGAAGCUUCCCCUGACCCCAACUACGAAGCUAUUUGCUCACAUUAACAAAUUAAAGUGCCUGAAGCAUAAUUCAUUCUUUACCUGUAUACUAAAAACCCCGUUGUAUUGAUUUUUUUAUAAUAAGCCUUUUUACCUCUGUGUAAAAAAAUAUAUAUACAAGUGUAUGAUGUACAUUUUAGUUCUUAACUUUUUUUUAUGGUUUCUAAUAUGUAUGACCAAUGUAGCCAUUGCUUUAAAAUGUACCAUGUAAAUAUAAACACAUCCUAUCAGAU